AUGAGCUUCGAUAACCCCUCCUCCUUCGCGCACUGGCAGUCAUCCGUUGCUUCACAACAGGACAGGCAGCCUCAGUCUCGACAGCAGCCUCGCGCAGUCCAAUCUCCUUGGGGACAAUCUUUGUCCUCAACCAGCUCCCGACGUGGGUUGACUCCCCUCGCGACCUCGAACUUGUCUUCGUCCUCGGCCACGGGAACGCGCAGGGACCAAGCGCUAUCUGAGUCCGACUUGUACACCUCAUCGAUCUCUCCUUCCUCGACGAAUUUUCCUCCCCUUCACUCAAGUCAGUCUCGCCUCGGUUCAAGGCGGGGGACACCACCUGGCUCGUCUCAUUCGAAUUCUCCCGUCAACGCUCUCCAAGCUGGCGCUCAUCAAGUCCAAGCAUAUUCGUCCCGCUCCGUCACAUCCCCCAGAUCAAGAGCACUCACCCCUUCUCAGUCGUUCACCUCUGCUAGUGCGGGUCUUUUCUCCCAGUCUGGCCUUGGGGCCGGUGGAGGAGGAGUGUACGGUAGGAGUGGUGCAUAUUCGCCCUCUUUGACCGGACCUGGUGUAGGUUCACCUACUGGUGCAAACAUCGAACGGUCUCCUAGCAUAUCAUCCAACGUCGGUUCAGCAACCACCGGUCCUUCCUCUCUCUCAAAAAUCUCUGCAACCCAGAUUCUCCUCCUCCUUGACACGAUUAGUGAAAGAGAAGGAAAAGCAAAGUGGGAAAGUAAGGCGGAAAAGAUCAGGAAAUUGCUUGACUCAAACGGCAUGGACGUCUUCGCACCCUACUUCAGACGGGCUGUCACGUCCAACGUGUCUGCAAUAUUCUCUGGAGCCAAGGAUUUCGAUCAAGGCAGUUACAAAUUAUUGAAGCAAGAGCUGGACAAAGUUCUAUGGGACCCGGAGCAGCCAUCUAAAAUUGCAGAAGCUAUAGACACAUCGAAGGAGGACGUGUUUCGCGAUUUUGAUCUUGUGGCCUUUGUUCAACACUUCUACUCCGAUGCUUUGCCUCAAGUCAUCCUUGCUAUUGCAUUCACGAAAUGUACUCGGGUCGAUCUGAAAUCGAAGGCUGAGCAUUUCCUCAACGACUUCGGCCAACACUCGCUUCGAACGCUAUCUGAGAGUCGUAACAAUACGCAGAUACCUGCUUCUGAGAACGUGUGCUCCGUCAUUGAAUACUAUGCGCUGGCGGGUGGGACAAGAACACAACAACAGAAAAUUGACCUUUGGACCGCACUGUCGUCACGCUACGGCAAUGCCAGCGCAGACCAAUUCUCCGCGGUCUUAGCGUCCUCUCAACUCCUCCGAAUCGACAGCGAGGCUCGAGAGAUGGCUCGUAAUCUGCAACGACAGGGUCCCAAAGCCUUAUCGUCGAAACAGGCAGCUCAAGAUUUCCUAGAAUCGCUCAACCCGACUUCAAUCACCGAAGCUGAAGUAUCUGUUUCCCUGCUAUUCCUGGUUUGUUCUGUCACUCAAUCAUUCGAUAUGAACAACCUCGUGUCUGCUCUCGUAUCAAGACAGCUCGAUUGGAAUCUAGUUGUACAGGGAUUCGAUAUUCCAGGUUUGCGAUUACGCAGAAAUUCCUUCUCCAGACUAUUCAAGGCUCUGCGACUGAUCGCUGUUGAGAAGAACACAUUUGACCUGCAGAAGCUAUGGGGAGGUCAGUGGCAGAACCCAGAUACUCAAUUAUCUUUCCUUGGUGGCUUUCUCGCUAGCCCUGCGACGGAGGUUGAACCGGCGAAAAUUCCAGGUCUCCGUCAAUCCCUCUCGUUGGACGACUUCACGAAUGCACCCGCUGAUAUGCAAAAAUCGCUUGAAGCAGAGUUGAAGACUCCAUACGUGUCGGCCGAUGCGUGUCAGGCGAUAUUCGAGGUUGCUUUGGGACCCAACACUUCUCCAGACGGGGAAGACCGGGUAGACAUAUUGAGUGACGUCUAUCAGAACCACCCUGCCCUGUUCUUGCUAUAUCUUUCUGCAUCUGGCGCGAAACCUUGGGUACCAGACCAAGAGAAGUUCAUCGCAGAGUGUUUUGGUUUGUUUCUCGAGAAGCAACGACCAGACUAUCGGGUUGUGCUCGAAACGCUAGCCUCUCGGAGUUCCCCACAAUUUCUGUUCGACCUCUGCCAUCUAGUCUUCCAGGUCGACCCGCGACAUACAGAAAUUAUCUACGAACGGGCGGAGGAAUUCGGCUGGACACAAGAAUUUCUCAAACACUGGUCGAACCCUCUGGCCCUCGACCUUGCUUGCAUUCGUGACAAGAUAGAGCCAGAGUUCGACCUCGAUCGGUAUAUCUCCGAGGCUGCCGACGGUCAUGAUAAUUUUGGAAUGAUUCUCUUCAAAUAUCUGCGGAUCAAGGCAGAUGAUGAAUUUCGGGUGCAGCGGGGCGAGUCUGCAGCUCAAUCGAUACCACUGAGUUUGCGAACCGUUCACACUCUGCUUGAGAAGUUGGAAGAUCAUUUGGGCGAACGGGCUUUGAUAGAAGCGGCUCAAACCACAUGCCUGCAGACGUAUCCACGUUUGAUGAACUAUGGAGCUGGAUUCGACGAAAUUCUGGACCGACGAAGCCAAGAGAAGGGAAACAAGCUCCCCGAAGUUAUCGACAAACAGAUGUCAGAGUUAUUCGGACGUAUGUAUCGUUCCGAGCUGUCUAUCCGCGACAUGGUAAACGAAAUGCGCAGAUAUAAGACAUCCACCGACCCUGAUCAGCAAGACCUGUUCUGUUGCAUUGUGCAUGGCCUGUUCGAUGAGUACGUUUGCUACAACGAAUAUCCCGAAGAUGCGUUGGAAAAAACCGCUCUGCUUUUCGGAAGCAUCAUCAAGUACAAGCUAUUGCCUUCCAUACCACGGGAUUUUGGCCUAGCUCUGAUUCUUCGAGCAGUCCGAGAUCACGAUUCUGACAGUCUCAUGCAUCGAUUCGGAAUUGAGGCACUGCUUCAGAUUAGUGACCAACUAUCAGACUGGCCAGGUCUUUGCAACCUGCUCUUACAGAUACCCAAGCUGAAGCAUCCCGAAAUCUUGCAACGUGCUCAAGAAGGUCUUCAAGCGCAGCAGGCGUCCGGAACCAAUGGCGUUGGAAAUGCUCCUACGAAUGGCGAACCCGCGGAUCUAGGGCGUGGUUUUCGAGCACUGAGCGCGGAUCCCCCCAAUCCUACAGCUCACUUUCAGGACCCAGAUCAGAAAGUACAAGAGAAGAUUUUGUUUGUUAUCAACAAUCUAUCGAAGGACAACAUGUCGAGCAAGUUAACUGACUUGAAAGACUCUUUCAGCCCAGAGCAUUACCAAUGGUUUGCAUCAUACCUGGUUGAGCAGCGUGCCAGGCUCGAGCCCAACAACCAAGAGAUGUAUUUCCAGUUCAUCCACAUGCUCAACGACAACCUCCUUACGUCAGAAGUCAUCCGCGAGACGUAUGUGAGCAUUGUUAAAUUGAUGACUUCCGAGUCGACCAUCAAUUCAACUCAGGAAAGAGGCCAUCUCAAAAACCUCGGCGGCUGGCUAGGAUCCUUAACACUUGCUCAGAAUAAGCCUAUCAAACACAAGAACAUCUAUUUCGUGGAUUUGCUUGUUGAAGGGUUCGAAACUCAGCGCCUGUUGCUGGUCAUUCCUUUUACCUGCAAAGUAUUGGCUCAAGGUGCUCAUUCCUUGAUAUUUGUGCCUCCGAACCCAUGGCUAAUGGAGAUCGUUGGGGUUUUGGUCGAGCUGUAUCACUUCGCCGAGCUAAAGCUGAAUUUGAAGUUUGAAAUUGAAGUCUUGUGCAAAGAUCUCAAGCUAGAUUUCAAGAAGCUUGAGCCCGCUAAUGUCAUUCGCUUGCGUUCUCAAGCAGACGAUGAGAUUACAAAUGUCUCUGUUCUCCCCGAUGGACUGGAAAAUUUCGAUGAGCUGUCCCUCAACAGUGGAUUGAAUCGCCGUGAGCGUCUCUCAGCCGCAGAGAUCAUGGCAUCUCUGCCCAGCUUGGAAGGCCUUCUGAAAUAUCCCCCAACAUCCGGCUCUCCAGCAGACCAAGCCAUGGUGAAGAACAUCAUUUACCGCGCUUUUGACCAGGCCAUCCAGGAGAUCAUAGCCCCUGUGGUCGAGCGAUCUAUCACAAUUGCCUCUAUCUCCACAGCACAACUUGUAGCAAAGGACUAUGGAAUGGAACCAGACGUGGAAAAGUAUCGUCAAGCAGCCAAGGCAAUGGUCAAAUCUCUAGCAGGCAACUUGGCCCUUGUCACAUGCAAAGAACCUUUGAGAAUGAGCAUUUCCAACUACAUUCGCCGCCCAGCCCAGGAUGACCUUCCUGAGCACCUUUUACCAGAAGGCGCUAUCUUGAUGUGCGUCAAUGAUAAUCUGGACACUGCGUGCUCCUUCGUGAGGGAAGCAGCGGAGCAGCGGGCGAUGCCUGAAAUUGAGCAGGUCAUUGAACCAGAACUCGAAGAACGUCGUCGAUUUGCUGCUGAAGGGGGUGGCAGAGACUUCAUCCCUGCGAACACCAAUCGUUGGUCAGCCUGGAUUCCUGAACCUUACAAGCAAACUGUGGGUGGCCUCAAUGAAGCACAGCGAGCCGUCUAUGAGGAAUUCGAUCGCCGGGUGAGCGGAAUGAAUGUGAAUGCCAUUCCCAAUACGUCUUCGGAUUCUGCCAGACAGCUACCGGACAUAUUGCAGGAUUCUCUUGCUAUGCCAAACCUCGCGACCCCUGCUGAGCAACCAGCGAUUCCUCACCACAGCCCCCUUGUCCAGCAAGAGAACCGUAUGCUUUCAGCCAUGCAACCACCACGUGUGAAUGGAUUCGCAGAAAGUCUGCCUCCACACGAACGGAUCUCUAUCCUCAUUGAGGAUGUGCAAAAGGCUGCGCGGGCAUCAGAAGCUCUACGCCUGAAGGACUUGGAGAAGAACAGCUCCAUCUUCCAAGAUUUUAGACAGAUCUUGAUCGUCCUUACCUCCUCUACUCGUCCUGCUGCAGACCUACUGGCGAGGCAGAUUGCAGAGAAGAUCUGCAACAUCUUUGUUUCGCAACCUCCACAAAGUCCACUAGAAGCAGAAGUGUUGGCUUUUCUUCUGUCGAAACUCUGCCAGCUUUCUGAGCUCAUUAUUCGGGAUGUCCUCAGAUGGAUGACUGCGAAUGAAGACUUGCUACUAGCCAGCUCAAAUGUGGUAGUCGCACUCGUUACUGUGGGCCUGAUGGAGUUCGCAAGGGUCGACGUCGCCGUUGCUUCGAUCUUGAUGAGCCGGAACAGUCAUGGUUUGAAGGUGUUAUCCGACAUCCUCGACCAGACUUUGUUCGUCGAUGAGCCGAUUGCUCUCAGAGCAGAUUUCGCCAACAGCCUCAUUGCAAUGUCUGGUUGGUUCAAAGAACAGCCGGAGCUGCCUCUUGCCACGGAGAUGAUUCAGAAACUGAAAGCUCACGGAAUCCCACAGUUUGUCAGCGUGGAUGUGUCCGACAAAGCAAAGGCCAAACAAGAUCAGAUGCGGUAUGUGUUUGAUGAGUGGGUAGGCAUGUUCGAAAACCUCGGUGUGAAUGAAGGCACAUGUGCCGCAUUCCUGAAGGAACUCCACAAGGAGCAGACAAUCAAUGGCACCGAAGAUCUGACAGAAUUCUUACGACUGUGCAUCGACUCGUGUAUCGAGUGCUACGAUCGUGAAGCACAGAGUGUGCGUGGAAGUGUUGAGGUGGCCUUCUCUCAUGCCGAUGCCCUUGCACGUUUGGUAAUCAUGCUUGUCAAGUUCCAAGGUGACACCAAUGGUGCUGUGCGUCUUAACAAGGCACCAUACCUUGAGACCAUUCUCACGGUCCUCGUCCUGAUUCUGAACCAUCAUCAACUUAUGCGGGGCGUGGCGUUCCAUCAGCGCCUCUUCAACAGGCUUUUCGCCACCAUGCUCUACGAAUAUUCUGCUGCUCGAAUGAAUGCUACUCCAGAACACUCGGAGUUGAUGCUCGCCUUUGCCAAGUGUUUCAAGUCUCUCCAGCCACUCUGGUUUCCAGGUUUCAGCUAUGGAUGGUACGGUCUUGUGGUCCAUCGAGUGUUUGUCGAUGGUAUGCUCAAACCUAACAACCACGCUGGAUGGAACGCCUAUCGUGAGCUCAUAGGAUUGAUGUUGCUCUACAUCUCGGAGCUAUCCGACACUCCUGGCUUGGACCUCCUCAAUCUCGAUCUGUACAAAGGCACCUUGCGGAACAUGUUGAUCCUACUUCAUGAUUAUCCAGAAUUUCUCUGCGAAAACCACUCGUACUUCUGCUCGCGAGUGUCAUAUCAAAUUCCUCAAUUGAGAAACCUGAUUCUGACUGCGAAACCCUCGGCAUAUCAUGACCUACCAGAUCCGAUGACUCCCGGGCUCAAGAUUGAACGCCUGGACGAAAUCAAGCGAAGUCCCGUACUGGCUUCUGAUUUUGACGCGCCGCUUGAGCAGUAUGAGAUCAAGACCACAAUCCUUGAUGUCCUCAACAAGACAGUCGACCUGGAAAGUGGUCUCAAACGAAUCAAGUCUGCUUUGCAAGACUCCGAACGCGGAAACUCCAUCAUGGCACCUCCCAAAGCUGUGGAGACGAUUAAUGCUCUUGUACCUUUCAUCGGACAGGAUGCGCUCUCGAAUGCGCAAGCCAGAUUUGACCCGACCUCAGUUCACGUCAACUUGUUGACCAAGUUUACUUUGUCUUUGGACUUCGAGGGUCGUUACCAAGUUCUCAAUGCAAUCGCGGACCAAGUUCGCUACCCGAGUACACACACAGACUUCUUCUGCAAGCUGAUGCUCCACCUGUGGGGCUCUAGCAACACCGACAGCCAACAAGGCGAACUCCGAGAACAAAUAUCACGAGUCGUUUAUGAACGACUUGCUGUUGCGCGUCCACAUGUUUGGGGCAUGACCAUAUUGUUCUUGGAAUUGCAGAACAACCUGACGUAUGGCUUCUGGGAUACUGUGGCACCGGAUUCUAAUAUGCAACAACGGUUGCAGCAAGCGAUGCGGACGAUCCACUAG